AAUGGAGAAUUCAACUAAAAUACUGUUUGUUCUACAAGGACUGAAUGAGUUUAAGUCAAGCAAGCAGGCUUACUUUGCUGUUAUUCAUAUUGUUUAUCUUUUUACAAUUUUAGUAAACCUGACUUUGAUUGUGACAAUUAUUUUGGAGAAAACGCUCCAUGAGCCCAUGCUUAUAUUUCUCUGUAACUUGUGUGUAAACGGGCUAUGGGGUGCCUCUGCAUUUUAUCCUAAAAUAUUGGUGGACCUUUCAUCUGACUUGAGUGUCACUUCGUAUGAAGCUUGUCUGGGCCAAAUUUUUGUAUUGUACAGCUACAUUCCCUGUGAAUUUACUACAUUAACAGUGAUGGCUUAUGACAGGUAUGUCGCCAUAUGCAAGCCACUCAAUUACCACUCCAUCAUCACACCUCAAAAGGUUGUGAAAUUACUGCUUUUUACCUGGCUUUUAUCCAUCUAUAUAUCAGCUUUUGCGGUGGUCCUGAUAGCCAGAUUACCUCUCUGUGGGUUCAAAAUUGAAAAGAUAUAUUGCACCAUUUGGGCAGUGGUGAAGCUGUCAUGUGUGGACACCACUAUCAACAACGUAUACGGGUUCAUUCUCUCGGUUUUUCACCUUUUACAGGUAGUGCUGAUCAUGAUUUCUUAUAUUAAUAUUGUCAAAGCCGCUGUGCGAUCGCAGGAAGAACGGAAUAAGUUCAUGCAGACCUGUUUGCCCCAUUUAAUCGCAUUGAUCAACUUCACAGUCUCAGUCAUAUUUGAUAUCAUGUACGCUCGCUAUGGUCCCACCGACCGUCUGCACGCUCUCCGCACUUUCAUGUCCGUGGAGUACCUCCUUGUUCCACCGAUCCUGAAUCCCCUCAUCUAUGGUCUGAAACUGAACCAGAUCCGCCAGAGAAUCUUCAGGAUUUGCAGCCGGAAAAGACAUUCUUUAAAGUGAAUGUUUGUUCUUUGAAAAGCAAUAUCCCACCUUCAUAUGUUUUCUUAAAAGUGACAACAGCACUAAAAUUAUUUCUGAACAGCAGAACAAUAGGAUUGUAAGACGCAGCACAGAUGUAGAUAUUCUUCUAUAUACUUCUAUAGGUAUAUUGAAGUAAUUUAAGCCUAUCUCUGUCUAGUGGCCUUGUUUGGUGUACAUUAUUCUUUACCUUUACGCAAAACUUUGUGGACCAUGGGUUGUGUUGGCCUUAUGUAUGAAAAUGUCCUUACGGUGCAUUUGGAGUUGGGAAAACCCAGACAGAUGCAAACCGGAAUGGGUCUCUUUUUCCCCUGUGUUGAGGCUGCUGUUCAUAUCCAUGCAAAAGAGUAAAAUAGUUAGAUUGCAUUGUCAGUUGCAGUGAUUAUAAUUAAAUUCACAAUGUUCUUAUGUUUCUCCAAAUUAGUUUUUCCUCUUAGAUAUUUAGAAAAAUAUCACUGGAAAAAGAUGUAUAUAUUUGAUAUAGUAAUAGAUAUGUAGAACAAUGUUUUUUAAUUAGGUCUGUUGUUAUUUGGACUUUAUUGGAAUUUUGGUGUACAAUCAGUGUUGGGGUAACUACUCUGAAAGUGUGGCUGUACAGAGUAGCCAGUUACUCCACUCUGGAAGCUGAACUGCACAAAAGUGACCCUAAAUAGAAAUAUUGCUUGUAAAAACAGAAUAAGUCAAAUGAAAUGUAGUUCAAACUGCUUGGUAAAAAAAUGAUCAUUAUCAUGUUGCCCAGACAUGGCCUGCAUGUGUGUAAUGCCUUCUUUGUGCACACAGAGGAAACCACUCACUAUACAGCUCAGUGUGGAG